AUGUCAUACCCUGCUCUUGAGGGCCUUUAUUCCGUACACGAUGAGCUCGGAUCAGGAGGUUUCGGCAAGGUCAAAUUAGCAACACAUUUACUAACUGGUCUCAAAGUUGCCAUUAAAAUUAUUGACAAAAAAGCAAUUGGCGAUGAUCUGCCAAGAGUUACAACCGAGCUCGACGCUCUUAAAACACUAUCACAUCAGAAUAUUUGUCGGCUAUAUCAGUUUAUUGAUACUGAAGAUAAAUUCUUCAUUAUCAUGGAGUACUGUAGUGGAGGCGAGAUGUUCGACUAUAUCGUACGAAAAGAGCGCCUUGAAGAAUCUGAAGCUCGCCAUUUUUUCCGUCAACUUGUACAGGCUAUGGCGUAUGUGCAUUCGAUGGGUUAUGCUCACAGGGAUCUUAAACCGGAGAAUCUGCUUUUGACAGAAGAUUUGCAUCUCAAAGUGAUUGAUUUCGGUUUAUGUGCGAAACCAUGUUCACUUUCACGACCGCUUGAUACCUGUUGUGGUUCGCCUGCAUAUGCUGCUCCUGAACUUAUUGCGGGUAAAGCAUAUCUUGGUAACGAGGCAGAUAUAUGGUCAAUGGGAGUGCUGCUAUACACACUUCUUUGUGGUUCUCUCCCCUUUGAAGACGAGUCAAUGCAACUUCUUUAUCGGAAAAUAGCGAGAGGGACAUAUCCUGAACCGGAAUGGUUAAGUCCAAGCAGUCGAGCACUGUUACGCAGCAUGUUACAGGUAAAUCCUCAGUAUCGUAUAACAGUAAAGCAGUUGCUAGAUCAUCCCUGGAUUAACUACAAAUAUAGUCAAAAACUCAAAUGGACCAGCAUUUACGAUAGAAAUGUUGUCGAUGAAGAGGUAGCAACCGAACUGGCGUUUCACCACCGGAGAUCACUCGCCGAGAUGAUCGCUUUGAUUAAGGAGUGGAAGUUCGACUAUCUCACUGCGACGUACUAUCUUCUUUUGCAACAAAAGGGUCGUAAACAGAGAAUCGCUCUUCCUCCUCCGAAAGCUAAGCCUGUGAGAUGGAAA